AUGAACCGAAAACAGCGUCCAACGUUCUCGAGUGCGGAGCUUGAGCUUCAGCUCCAGCAAAUCACGCUCGAUCCGACAUCGGCAACGACGGAAAACUUCGAAGCCCUUACACCGUUAAUCAAGACCAUACAGGAGAGCGAGAGCGAGCAACUGUAUCUGAAUAGCUUGGACCGCUUCGUUGAGGAGAAGGAGCGCGAGAUCGAGCAGAUCUGCGAGACCAACUAUGAGGACUUUGUCUCCUCUGUUCUCACGCUGUCGACUGUGAGGCAGGGCACGAGUCAUCUGCGGAAACGCAUCGGCGAGCUCGAUGGUCAGAUGGGUGACGUCGGACGAGCGCUGGGCGAGAAGAAGAAGGUCGCGAGGAAUAUGGACGACGCUAUCGAGACACUUCAGACCUGUCUCCGGCUCCUAGACCUCGUGCACCGCGUUGGCGAGCUGACGAGAGAGGGCAAAUACUGGGGAGCGUUGAGGUCGUGGCUCUUCGAUAUCCGCGAAUCAAGUGCCUUAGUCGGAAAGCUCGCUCUGAAACAUAUGGACAGCCGUAUCAAGCGUUGGCGCGCGAGGCGGGAGAAGGAUGGUAACAUCCGGUUAGCGAACAUUGGAGGAGCUUUGGAGCUCGUCAACAACGAGCGUACCGAGUUCAACGCGCUCGACAAUGAGCAGAUCAAGAUAGACUUUAGACCACUCUACCAGUGUAUCCACAUCUACGAGGCGCUGGACGCCAAGUCAGAAUUACAGAGGAACUACCAGGAGGAUCGAAAGGCCAACCUGAUUCUGUCGUCCAGGGCGGCAACGACACCAGAGACGCUAAAGGCGAAUCUUCCUUACCUGAUCCAGGAGCUUGUCGGCUUCUUCAUCAUCGAAGCGCACGUCCUUCGCUCCGCGCCCGACUUCAGGUCACGACGAGACGUGGAUGACUUGUGGGACGAGAUGUGCCGGCGCAUCAUGGACGUCGUCGGACAGGGCCUGAAGGGAUGCAGUGAGCUCGAGAUCUUCCUCGAGAGCAAGCGCAACAUUCUGCUGUUCGUGCAGACUCUGCAGGGACACGGCUACGACGUGACGGAGCUGAACGGACUGCUCAUCACGCUGUUCGAGCGCUACUCGGAGCUGCUCGUGCGCAAGUUCAGCGCCGACUUCAACCACAUCGUCUCUGAUGAUGACAACAUGCCCAUGAUGGUGAACACGACACAGGAGUUUGAGCAGGUCGCUGGAGUAUGCUGGUUUGCGGCAGGCGAAGUCGAGCAGCUCGCAAUCUUUGUGGAGCAGUUCUACCAGUUCGCCGACGGUGUCGCCCAGCACCAUGUGGAUAUCGACGAGGUGCUGCGCAAGUCGCUCGACGACCUGCUCACCGAUAACGUCAGCAAGCAGAUUGCUCGUCGUUUGAAGGGCAUGAGCAACUUGUCGCAGCUGGCGCAAGUCGUCAUCAACCUGGAGCACUUUGCGACUGCGUGUGACGAACUCGAGAGCGUGCUGAUGAACCUUCGCUACAUUGCGUCGAAGCUCGACUCCUUCUUCGACUUAGCAGAGUACACGUGGCUUCCCCGCACCCCGCCGGCGGCACAGCACGAGCCGAGCACGUACGUGUUCGAGAUGAUCACGUUCUUGACGGCGAACGUCGACUCGGUGCUGUUUGGUCUGAAUGAGUCGGUCAAGACGCACGUGUACGGCAACGCCCUCGCCCUGAUCAACAAGUGGUUCAUGGUGCCGCGGUACAACGAGGCUGCGCUCGCCUACGUCUUCAACGACGUCACGUACAUUCAGACCGAGAUUGGACGUCUCGACCGACCAGGUCUGGACCAUGUGUUUGACGAGGUCAAGCUGAGCAUCAAGCUGAUCCUCGACGAGGCUGUGAAUGCCUACAUGGAGCCCUCGGUGCGCGAGCUGUCGUACCGGGCCGUCAAGUCGCAGCGUCUGGCCACUAUGCUCGGCAAGCUGUCCGCCGGCGCCGCCGCCAUGGGCAACACGAGCAAGGCGGAGCGGCGCAGAGCCGAGGCAGAAACAGUGUCUCGGUUCCGUUAA